AUGCCUACUGCCAACAGAUUCACCAGCAGUCUUACACCCGGAAACCUCACAGAAGCUCCCAUCUUCCUCCUACUAGGACUGACAGAUGACCCAGAGCUACAGCCCGUUCUUUUCUGGCUCUUUCUGACCAUGUACCUGGUCACUAUCGUGGGCAAUCUGCUCAUCAUCCUGGCCGUGGUCUUGGAGCCCCACCUGCACACCCCCAUGUACUUCUUCCUCUCCCACCUCUCCUUCACUGACAUCUGCAUCAGCACCUGCACCAUCCCCAAGAUGCUGGAGAACAUUCGCACCCAGACACAGAGCAUCACUUAUGUCGGCUGCAUGGCCCAGACCUUCUUCGUCAUUGUCUUAACUGCUUUGGAAAACUAUAUCCUGGCUUCCAUGGCUUAUGAUCGCUACGUGGCCAUCUGCCACCCACUGAGGUACACAGUCAUCAUGAACCAGUCACUCUGCACGCUGCUCAUUGCUCUCUCGCUGUUGACAAGUGUUGCAGUCUCUGGGCUACACACGCUGAUGGUGCUGCGACUCUGCUUCCCUUCGAAAGUGCUGGUCCCCCACUUCUUCUGUGAACUCGCCCAGCUGCUCAAACUCUCAUGCUCCAAUGCCUUCAUUAAUGACCUGUUGAUCUAUCUGGUGGCUGCCGUAUUUGGAGGCAUCCCUGUCUCAGGUAUCAUUUUCUCCUACACUCAGAUCGUCUCCUCAGUUCUGAGGAUAUCCUCAGCGCAGGGGAAGCAGAAAGCUUUUUCCACCUGUGGCUCUCACUUGUCUGUGAUUUUCUUGUUCUAUGGGACGGCGUUUGGGGUGUACAUUAGUUCUGCUGUUGUAGAAUCUUCCAGAAAAUUUGCUGUUACUUCAGUGAUGUACAUUGUGGUGCCACAGCUGAUGAACCCCUUUAUCUACAGCCUGAGGAACAAGGACAUGAAGGGGGCCGUGAGGGGGCUCUUGAGCGGGAAACGGUCUAUUCUCUGA